GCUAGCAGCCCUGCGCACCACACCCUUUGUGCUCAAACCUCGGGAGCCCCCUCCUGGCUCUGCCCAGCCGCCUCCUGGUAGCCUGGAAGCCUCCAGGUCUCGGGUCUGGCUUAGGGACACACCCCGGGGGAGGAGCCACCUUCUCCCGGCCUGCCAGCUCGGGCCAUGCAGCCAGCUCUAGUUUCUGCUCCGCCUCACGGGGACGACAUGGCACACGAGCGUCCCUCCUGCGCCCUGGAACCCGAGCACGUCCAGCGGCUGCUGCUGUCCUCUCGCGAGGCCAAGAAGUCAGCCUACUGUCCCUACAGCCACUUCCCCGUGGGGGCCGCCCUGCUCACCGGCGACGGGAGGAUCUUCUCGGGGUGCAAUGUAGAGAAUGCCUGCUACCCACUGGGUGUGUGUGCUGAACGGACUGCCAUCCAGAAGGCCAUCUCUGAAGGGCACAAGGAUUUCAAGGCCAUUGCUAUCUCCAGUGACCUGCAAGAUAAGUUCAUCUCACCAUGUGGUGCCUGCAGGCAAGUCAUGCGGGAGUUUGGCAGCGACUGGGCCGUGUACAUGACCAAGCCAGAUGGCACGUAUGUCGUCAGGACUCUCCAGGAGCUGCUGCCGGCCUCCUUUGGGCCUGAGGACCUGCAGGAGAUCCACUGAAGGGCGGGGAACACCCACUGCCCAGCUUCUCACAGGUGCUGAAGGGGACAGCUCCCUGGAAACGUCACGAUGUUCUCCUGGACACCUGCCAGAUGGCCCCAACCCUCCAGGGGCUGGCCUGGACUGACUUUUCCAGAUUACACUCUAGCACCAUGGUCUGGGUUUCACCCACCUAGGCCUGAGCCCUCCUCGCAGCCCUGUCCUCCCUGGGACCCAGAGCACUCUGAACCUGCUUUCCUUCCUGCAGGCCAGGCCUGCUUCCCCGCCUGGCUCCCUGAGGUCCUAUCCUAUUCCAGGUGAUUUUUCUGCUUAUAAAUGUCACAGAACAUCCCAAUUUGGAAGACCGCAGUUUGCUCUUUUUCUGUUGUAGUUUGCAGCAUUUAGGAAGGACAGGCUGAUCUGUCUUUUUAGAAGGACCUGGACACUGUCUUCUGGAAGAAAAGCCAGCAUUGGAACCACAUGUCUGUCUGGGUGGAGUCUGAGUCCAUAGGCUUCUCACCUGUGUUCUCAGAUGAAGGCCCCUAGGGUGGGCCUGACUGCUGGUGCCCAUUUGCUAGAGUUUGGAUCUGGAAUGUUUCUUCAAGGCCCAUGUGUUAAAAGGUUUGGUCCCCAGCCUGUGGCACAAAUUAGGAGGUGGUGGAACCUUAGGCCCUAGGAGGUAGGGCCUAGUGGGAGGAAGUUAGGUCAUUGGGGGCCUUGAGGAAGGUAGUCAGACCCAGUCCUCUUUGUUGUCCCACUUCCCAGUCAUGAGGUGAGCAGGUUUGCUUGCUCCUGCCAUGGUCAGAGGCCUAAAGGUAAUGGUCUGGAACCUCUAAAACUGGGGGCCAAAAUAAAUAUAUAUAUAUAUAUUUUUUUGCCAGUACUGGGAUUUCAACUCAGGGCCUUAUGCUUGCUGGGCAAGCACCUCUACCCCAUGAGACACACCAGACCUUUUUUUUUCCAGUAUUGGGGUUUAAACUCAGAGCCUUGCUAGGCAUGUGUUCUAUCAUUUAGCCACGCUCCCAGACCUUUAUGCUUUAGUGAUUUUUCAAAUAGGGUCUCACUUUUAUGCCUGGGCUGGCCUGGAUAACCAUCCUCCUAUUUACACUUCCCGUGGAGCUGUAACAG